UUUAAAUGGCGGCUAAUUAUAAACUAUAAACAUUAGCAGUAGACUGUACUGUAGACUCUAAACUCACAAUAAUACUUAAAAAUAAAAUAGAAUGCAGUCUUGAAAGUAGACUUCUUGUCAUUACUUUAAGGUUUAGUGUGUGUAGAUCUACAUGUUUUAAUAAUGAGAAGAAGCCAGGCACCUAGUCAAAGAGACUCUGUGUUUGUUAAAAGGAAAAGUUCAGAAGAUGAGGAUUGGUGUGUUAAAAAAACGGCAAAGAGACACAAAACAAGUCCACCUUGUAAUCAGCUAGAACACAGAUCUCCUUACAGGCAACCUCUCACAAUAUUGGUUGAGCCUUCAUUUAAAAGUACAGAUAAUCAGAUUUUAUCACAUGAAGACCUUAUUAAAAAAAUUCUUUCAAGGCCUUUCAAAAUUCCUAUUCCAAAUUAUCAAGGAAGUGGUCUAAACAAAGCUUUGGGUGUUCGUCGACAAGGAGCCCGGCAACCACUUCAUGAUCCUUAUGAAGAAGGGGCGCUUGUCCUGUAUUCACCUCCAGAACUAUCUGCUCAUGAACUGAUGAAAAUAGAUACAGAAAAAUUGCCAGUUCAUGUAGUGGUGGAUCCAGUUUUAUGUAAGAUUCUUCGUCCUCAUCAGAGAGAGGGUGUUAAGUUUAUGUAUGACUGUGUAACAGGAAAUCAAAUUGAGAAUAACUAUGGGUGCAUCAUGGCUGAUGAAAUGGGCCUAGGAAAAACGCUACAAUGUGUUACCUUGGUGUGGACUCUGCUGCGGCAAAGUCCAGACUGCUGCCCAACUUUGACUAAGGUUAUCAUUGUUUGCCCAAGCAGCCUUGUUAAGAACUGGCAUAAUGAGCUUGGUAAAUGGUUGGGUACAAGAAUCCAAGCAUUGGCUAUUGACUCUGGUACUAAAAGUGAAAUUGACAGAAAUUUGGUUCAUUUCAUGCAGCAGCAAGGAAGAAGAAUACAGUUUCCAGUUCUAAUUAUAUCAUAUGAAACUUUUCGACUCCAUGCAUCAGUAUUACACAAAGGUGAAGUUGGCUUAAUUAUAUGUGAUGAGGGUCACAGGUUAAAGAACUCAGAAAACCAAACCUACCAAGCACUAACUCAACUGAAUGCAAAGCGACGAAUCCUAUUAUCAGGAACGCCUAUCCAGAAUGAUUUGUUAGAGUAUUUCAGUCUAUUGCAUUUUGUCAACAAGGGUAUUCUAGGAACUGCUCAAGAGUUCAAGAAACGGUUUGAAACUCCCAUACUAAGAGGUAGAGAUGCUGAUGCAACAGAUGAAGACCAUAGAAAAGGAGAAGAAAAACUCCAAGAGUUAUUGUCUAUUGUAAACAAGUGUAUUAUAAGAAGAACUCAAGCACUGCUUACAAAAUACUUACCUGUGAAAGUUGAACAUGUCAUCUGCUGUAAACUAAGUGCAUUACAAGAAACUCUCUACACUAAAUUUAUUUCAUCAAAGUUGGCUGAAAAUUUAGUUUCUGGAAAAGCAACAUUUAGUAGUCUCUCUGCUAUCACACAAUUGAAGAAACUGUGCAAUCAUCCAGAUUUAAUUUAUGACAAAUGUGUGGAAGGAACUGAUGGAUUUGAAGAUACAUUAUCUCAUUUUCCAUCUGAUUACUCAACCAAAAUUGUCAAACCAGAACUUUCAGGUAAAGUUGUGGUUCUCGAUACUCUUCUGGCUCUUAUUAAGAUGACUACUGAUGAUAAAGUAGUACUUGUCUCUAAUUAUACUCAGACAUUAGAUCUCUUUGAGAAAUUGUGUAGACAAAGAAAUUACUUGUAUGUUCGUUUGGAUGGUACGAUGUCAAUCAAAAAACGUGCCAAAAUAGUUGAAAGAUUCAACAACCCCUCUUGUCCAGAAUUUAUUUUCAUGUUAAGUAGCAAAGCUGGAGGAUGUGGCUUAAAUUUGAUUGGUGCCAACAGACUAGUUAUGUUUGAUCCAGACUGGAAUCCAGCUAAUGAUGAGCAGGCUAUGGCACGUUGUUGGAGAGAUGGUCAAAAAAAACAAUGUUAUAUAUAUCGACUCAUAGCAACAGGUACUAUUGAAGAAAAAAUAUUUCAACGCCAGGCUCACAAGAAAGCACUUAGUAGUUGUGUUGUGGACAAUGAACAAGAUGUAGAAAGACAUUUUAGUCUAGGAGAACUAAGAGAACUUUUUACUUUAAAUAAAGAUACUAUCAGCGACACUCAUGAUAAGUUUAAAUGCAAAAGAUGUGUGAAUAACAUUCAGGUAAAGCCUCCACCUGAGGACAGCGACUGCACCUGUGAUUUGUCUCAGUGGAAUCAUUCAGCUGAUAAAAAAGGGCUGAUUGAUGUUAUACUUAAAGGAGCAUGGCAUUCUUCUGUUACAUUUACUUUUCAUCACAAGUCCCAUGAAGAGCAACGCAUAACUGUGUAGCAUUAAACUUUCUUUAAUUUCUAAGUAUGGAUGGGGUUUCUUUUUAAAAUUAAAAUGUGUACACUU